AAAGUGGAAAGGGAAAAAGUUAGAAAGGUGGUGUAAACAAUUCUGUGUCCUUGCGCUCCUGACAACCUCGUGCCACCUUUUUCCCUGUAGAUUUUAAAUUCAUGUAGCAUAGCAAACGUUUUUAAUUCUUCGUCUCAGUUGUCACUUUGAAUCUUCCCGGGCUAGCUUAGCGUUGAUCGCUGUUAAAAAAGAGACGCGCAUGUUCGCGACACGUCGCUAAGUAGAGCUGAAGCGCGAGUGUGAUUGUGUGAAAAUGUGCAAAGUACAAAUGCUGAGGGCGCUGGUGGAUCGGCAGCUAACUGCAGCCGUUGAAGAAAUAUUUCUAGCGAUACAAGGGACGAUAGCAGCGUACGAGGAGGAACUUUCUCGAACGGCGGAGGCACUUUCGCUCUCAAAGGAGGAGAACGAACGUCAACGUCAAAUACUGGACGCCCUUUUAAAUCCCCAAAUUGAGCGGCAAAGAGCAGACGUCUCGCAGGUGCUGACCAGUGACGAAGAGCAGCACGAGCGGAGCUCCGGGGUGAAGGAGGAGGAGCCACAGCCCGCCCACAUUAAAGAGGAGGCGCUGGGACACAGCAUCAGUCAGGAGGCACGUCAUCUUGAAGGGCCGGAGGACGCUGAUAUCACCAGUUUGCCAUCGACCGGUGUCCCUGUGAAGAGCGAGGAUGAUGAAGCCAAAGGUCGGGGUGAGGAGAAGCGAGAGGGGGGGCCUUCAAGCAGCGGCUCAACUCGACCCGUGACAAAAGAAGCCGACGGAGGCCACCGUGGAGGCUCACGAGCAGACAGCCUCUUGGCUCCACUGUCAGGGAGUGAUGACACGACGUCACACACACCCGACGCUGACGGUGAAGACUCGUGUCACACGUGCCCCCAGUGUGACAAAACUUUUGGCUCCAAGAAGUCUUUGGAAGCACACGUUAUUUUGUGCCAGUCGGUAGAUAAGCCGUUCGUGUGCACCUUGUGUGAUAAAAAGUACUCCCGGAAGGAUUCUCUCAUAACACACACACGAACGCACACCGGCGAGAAACCGUUUUCCUGCCCAGUGUGCCACACGCGAUUUAGUCAUCGCUCUGGAUUGUUUUAUCACAUGAGAACGCACACCGGAGAGAAACCUUUCGCCUGCUCAGUGUGCGACCAAAGAUUCUCUCGAAAGGAAUGUUUGCACACACACUCGAGAAUGCACACCGUCGGCAACGGCAAACCGAUAACCUGCGGCGUCUGCGAAAAGGGUUUCCGCGACGACUCGUCCUUGCUGGUACACAUGAGAGUUCACGCUGCGGUGGAUCCGUUGGUCUGCUUAGUGUGUGGUAAGAGAUGUUCUACCAGGAGCAUUUUGAGGAAUCACACAAAAACGCACCCCGGAGUCAAAAAAUUUUCUUGCUCGUUCUGUGAAAAAAAGUUUGUUCGAAAGGAAUCCUUGAUAGCACACACGAGGUUGCACAUUGGAGAGAAACCAUUCUCCUGUUCAAUCUGCAACUCCAGUUUUAGCUAUCAUUCCUCGCUGACUAAUCACUUGCGAUUGCAUUCCAUUAAGGGUGCUUUGCUGGGUAAGGGUGCGCGGGAGUCACAUUAACGGCCGUGGCGUACACACAAUGGCGUCUGACACAAACUUUCCAAGACGUGUUGUCUAAAAACAAAGAUGACAGGAGAAUGUGUGGACAGUAAUCCCUUGGUUAUCACCGUUAAUUCAUAGUUCCAGACGAUAAGUGGAUUUCCACAAAGUAGGAUUCCUUCUUUGGAAAUGCAAUAUUUUCAUAGUUAUGGCAUAGAAAACCUGUUUACAAACUUCGUUUUUGAAUAUUAUUCGAGCCAUCCCGACAUAAAAUAACACCCUUAUAGUCACCUUGACACUCCUGUUCCCAGUGUAGAAUAUAUCAUCAGUGGCAAUAAGCCCUUUUGGUCGGCAGUAGCUCAGGAGGUAGAGCAGGUCGUGCGACCCAUCACCCACCUUGCCUCCAGUGCUACCCGCACUGGUGUGUGAAUGUUUGGUGGUGGUCACAGAAGCCGUAGGUGCGAAUUGGUUUCCGUCAGAUUACCCCAGGGUGAGGUGGAUCACCACCAGUUUGUGACUGAGGAGUGAAUGAGCACAUAUUUGGGUGCCUUGAAAAACGCUAUAAAAAUCUAAUCCAUGAUUAUUUAACACAGUUUACCUUUUAAGUGGAGCAGAAUUGGUGGCAGACAGGAAGUGACGUCGGGGGUUCAGAGAUGAGUUUAAGCAGCCCACAACUGUAACCUGUGUUAUUUGUAUGAUUAUUAUUGUGCCUGUUGUGAGAUCAUUCAAACCCUGCAAUAAAAGCCUGUUGUUCCAGUGAUCAAGUCUGGCGCUUGUCUCACUGAAUAAUUACCGACACCAAUGGCGGUCUUCAUGGCUUAUACUGUAUUUGUGUUGGAGUUUAAUUUGUCCAUUUUUAUUGAAAAUGCUUAAUUGUGGCAAAAAAGGAACAAUUUGCUUACAUAUGCAUUUUUUUAAUACCAAUAACAGGCCACAGCCAACCACGAAACAGAGACCAUUAGUUAAUUUUGGGAAAAAAAUGCAAGUGGCAAAAGACGACUUCCAUUUACGUCAACACUUGAAGCAUCAAUGGAGAGAUUCAGAAUUCAGCUAAUCAAGAA